GGUUCUGGGCUGGACCGGGUUGGUGGCCUGAAUGCAUUAGCUUCGCUGCGUCUGCCCAAGAGAUAUAAGAAUGUCUAAGCCCCUGGAGGCCGAGAAGCAAGGUCUGGAUUCCCCAUCAGAGCACACAGACACUGAGAGAAAUGGACCAGACACUAACCAUCAGAACCCCCAGAAUAAAGCCCCCCCAUUCUCUGUGUCACCAACUGGCCCCAGCACCAAGGUGGGCAUUCUCUCUGGCCUCCACUUAACAUUCUGGGGUCCCGGACCCUGCCUCUCUCCUCCCCAGAUCAAGGCCGAAGACCCCAGUGGUGACACGGCACCGGCAGCUCCCCCGGCCCCCCCGCCGGCUCAGACUCAUCUGCCCCAGGCCCAGCUCAUGCUGACGGGCAGCCAGCUCGCCGGGCUCACAGCUCUGAUGCCCGCUCAGCAGCAGCUGUUCCUCCAGCAAGCCCAGGCCCAGCUGCUGGCCGCAGCCGUGCAGCAGUCCAGCGCAGCCGUCGCCGCCGCGGCCGCCGCCUCCUCCUCCUCCUCCUCCUCUUCCUCCUCCUCCGCCUCCUCCUCCUCCGCCUCGCAGCCCCCAGCCUCCUCUGGGGGAGGUGACCUGCCUCCACCACAGCCUGCCAGCCAGCCCCCAGGGACCCCACAGCUCACCCUGUCCCAACCCAUCCAGCUCACAGCACAGGACAUACAGCAGCUCCUCCAGCUCCAACAGCUGGUGCUGGUACCAGGCCACCACCUCCAGCCCCCUGCCCAGUUCCUGCUGCCGCAGGCCCAGCAGAGCCAGCCGGGCCUGCUACCGACGCCAAAUCUAUUCCAGCUACCUCAGCAAACCCAAGGAGCUCUUCUGACCUCCCAACCCCGGGCCGGGCUUCCUACGCAGGCCGUGACCCGCCCCACGCUGCCCGACCCGCACCUCUCACACCCGCAGCCCCCCAAAUGCUUGGAGCCACCAUCCCACCCCGAGGAGCCCAGUGAUUUGGAGGAGUUGGAGCAGUUUGCCCGCACCUUCAAGCAACGCCGCAUCAAGCUGGGUUUCACGCAGGGUGACGUGGGCCUGGCCAUGGGCAAGCUCUAUGGCAACGAUUUCAGCCAGACGACCAUUUCCCGCUUCGAGGCCCUCAACCUGAGCUUCAAGAACAUGUGCAAGCUCAAACCCCUCUUGGAGAAGUGGCUCAACGACGCAGAAACGAUGUCUGUGGAUUCAAGUCUGCCCAGCCCCAACCAGCUGAGCAGCCCCAGCCUGGGGUUCGACGGGCUGCCCGGGCGGAGACGCAAGAAAAGGACCAGCAUCGAGACAAACGUCCGCUUCGCCUUAGAGAAGAGCUUUCUAGCGAACCAGAAGCCUACCUCAGAGGAGAUUCUGCUGAUUGCCGAGCAGCUGCACAUGGAAAAGGAAGUGAUCCGCGUCUGGUUCUGCAACCGGCGCCAGAAGGAGAAACGCAUCAACCCGUGCAGCGCGGCCCCCAUGCUGCCCAGCCCGGGGAAGCCUGCCAGCUACAGCCCCCACCUGGUCACACCCCAAGGGGGCACAGGGACCUUACCAUUGUCCCAAGCUUCCAGCAGUCUGAGCACAACAGUUACUACCUUAUCCUCAGCUGUGGGGACGCUCCACCCCAGCCGGACAGUUGGAGGGGGUGGGGGUGGGGGCGGGGCCGCGCCCCCCCUCAAUUCCAUACCCUCUGUCACUCCCCCACCCCCGGCAACCACCAAUAGCACAAACCCCAGCCCUCAAGGCAGCCACUCAGCCAUCGGCUUGACGGGCCUGAACCCCAGCACGGGAAGCACAAUGGUAGGCUUGGGCUCUGGGCUGAGUCCAGCCCUCAUGAGCAACAACCCUUUGGCCACUAUCCAAGCCCUGGCCUCUGGUGGAACCCUGCCCCUUACCAGCCUUGAUGGCAGCGGGAACUUGGUGCUGGGGGCGGCCGGAGCGGCCCCAGGGAGCCCGGGCCUGGUGACAUCACCUCUCUUCCUGAACCACGCGGGGCUGCCCCUGCUCAGCGCCCCACCGGGGGUGGGUCUACUGUCCGCAGCAGCUGCAGCCGUGGCGGCCUCCACCUCCAGCAAGUCACCUGGCCUCUCUUCGUCCUCUUCAUCGUCCUCCUCCUCUUCCUCUUCCUCCACCUGCAGCGAGGUGACAGCCCAGACCCCUGGAAGCUCAGGGGGGCCUGAGGCAGGGUCCAAGGCUGAGUGAGGGCCUGCCAUAUACCUCCCCUCCCACUCUUCCGGACCCCGCCUUGGCUCCCAGUGCCUGGGGAGAAGGUGAGGAGGCCAGUGGUGAGGGGGUUGCAGCAUGUCCUCCGAGUGACAAGGGAGAAAAGAAAGACCAAAAAACAACCAAAAAAAAAGAAAAGAAAGAAACUAACCAACGAAAGAAAACCAAAAAAACAAUCACAACAGAAACCAGCUGCCCUAAGGGAACCAGAGAUGAAAAACAAACCAAAAAAACAAAAAAACAAAAAACAAAAAAAAAACCAAAAACCAAAAACAAAAAAUCUCCCCCAUCCCCCAACAAAAUCAACCAAACCAAAAAAAAAAAAAAACCAGUCUCGAGCCAGAUCUGGGAACAUUCCUGCUCGCGCUUGACUGCUAAGACACCAAAUAGCCCCUGGCCGGGAGCAAAGCAGCCUGGGGCAGCUCGGGCCUCAUGCCUGGGAGCCUGGCUGUGGGGCCAACCCCCAACCUCAGCACCCCCCCCCUCCGGAGGUGGGGGGACAGAGAAGGAACAAGAGAAUGUGCCAGCCUGCUGCCCGCCCCCUCCCCGUCCCAAGCCCCAGCCCUGGGUCAGCGGAGACCGGGCAGAAGCCUGGGCAGGCAGGAGGGGCACCGGGGAGGGCCCGGAACUACCUGCCAAAUGGUCUUUUCCAGAAAGUAAAAGAGGAAGAGCCUGAACAACCUUACACCAAAUAUUCAGUAGCUUCAUCCAAAGGAUGUACAGAAUUUUUAGCGUUGUGCUCAACAGAAUGUGUCCCUAACAUGUGUCCCCUCCCCCCCAGCUCUCCCCACUAGGCCGCGGCGGGAGGGGGUGUCUUGCUUUCCUCCCUGCCCCCCCCCUGCCUGGGGAGAGUUCAGGGGAAGGCCUGGGAGUGACUUUUUUCAUUCCUUGUGCCUCCCAGGACCGUUGCCCUUGGAGGGUGGGCUAGGCCACUUUGCCAAGUUCCAGUCUCAUGAGUCUCUCCCCCCCUCAACCCUGUCUGCUCUUCUGCUCUGGAGUAGACCCCCUCCCCAGACUAUGGGAAGGUGGUCAUCGCAAGCAAAAGGGGAUGAGGUGAGGGCUUUAAAGUUGUCUUUCUUUCCAUCCUGUUGGUCAAUUUCCCUGAAGAAAGAAAAAAAAAAGAAAAUUUCAUAUUCCAGUGCCUAUCCGUGGGAUCUUUCACGUUCCUUAACAUUAACCAGAAACCAAAAAGAAACUUGCCUCGCUCCGCCCACCCUGUGCCCCCUGACAGUGGCAGAUACCUCCCCCCUCCCCAUGCACACACGCACACACCCCUGUGGUGGGCUCCUUCCGGGUGGCACCCUGUCAGGGUCCACGCGGCGGGGACAGUGCCGUGAUCUGUGGUCUCCAUCCAAGAGGGCGCUUGUGGUGGCCACCACACCCAUGAAACCUCCACGGGUCUUGGCCGGAGCCUGCGUGUGCCCGUCCCUGGACACACCUCAAUACUGAACAGAGGAGGCGCUGCUGGGAGCCACCUUGCCCUCCUGCGAUUGUGGAGGCCGACAAAAUUUUGAACCAAAAAAACAAAAAAUCCAAAAAAAAAAAAAAAACACAACAAAAACAAAAACAGAAAACCAAACAAACAAUAAAUUAAAACUAGAAAAAAAAAGAAUUUAUAGAUAUAUAUAUAGAUUAUAUAUAUAUAUACAUAUAUAUAUGAGAAAGAAGAUGAGGAUUCUUGGAGAACAAGAGAGGCCGCGAGGUGGAGCCAAGCCCUGCACAGCGGUUCAGGCCCUUGGUCCCCAAGGCGGAUGAAAAGACAUAAUGCUUCUUUCUCUUCACAAAUACCUCAUGGACGUCGUUGUGGUCUUCGGGAAAGCUGGAGGUGGGGGGACGGACGCUGGGGCCAGGCCCGUCCCAGCCAGGGUGGAUGGAAGCGGGUGGUGGGGCUGACGGAGGGUGUCAGGGACCAUGGUGAAGUGCCCCAAAGUCCCCCCCACUCCAAUCAACUGAAAAAGCUUUAAGGGGAAAAAAAAAAGGCAAGAAAGCAAAAAGAAUGGAGAAAAGAAAACACAACUUUUGGGUGGUUCGAUUCCCCACGCCCCACCUUGAUUUCUGUUCUCUCCUGUGUCCGGUUUCUGUCCUCCGCUCUCCUCUCCCUCCUCUCUUACUUCCGUCAGUCUCACUCUGUCUCUCUCCUCAAACCAAAGUGUUGCUGUGAAAGGCUCGAGCCCUUGAAAUAAGAGUGGCCCCGCCCCCUGGCUGGGCAGGAGCAGAGGGAGGGGACAGCUGGCUGAUGAGUCCCUUGUCCCCCAGCAGCUUGCACGCUGGACACUGUGAGCAGAGGCAGCCAGGGCCCCAGGCCCGUCUCGGUGUUCUGUUCUUCUGGUCUCCCUUCUGCCCCCCUUCCCGGGUGGGGGUGGGGGGACAAAAACUGUCGUGCUGGGUCCCCGAGGCAGCAGGGUGCCUGUGGGGGCAGUGGUAGAGUGGCCAGUCCCCAGCUCCCCGGCAUCUCAUCCGCCUGACCCAUCCUCGCUAGAAUGUAAGCGUCUCCCUGCACCGACUCCUUGCCCUCUCCCUACCUCUGAAUUUGUCCAUUUCAAUUUCCUGAAGAGCGGGCGGCUAGCAAGAGGGCCUGGGUCCCAACCCGAGGGUGGAGAGGGGGCCAAGGGCUUCUGACCAGAAGGGAAGACGUUUGACUAGAACAGAAUGAAAAGGAUAACAAACAACAACAACAAAGAAAAGAACCCUCCAAGAAGACAGGCAGCCUGGAAGGCAUGGUGGAGAUGACUCAAACAAAAACUAUGAUUCUAAACCAAAAGAGAAAGAAAGAAAGAAAGAAAAAGGAAAGAAAAUCCAGGACUCGCCACUACCACCCAAUUCAUCCUGCUUCCUCCGUCGAGACCUAACCUGGACGACCCCCCACCCCAGCGUGGGGGAGUGGGGCAAAAAGAGGAGGAAGCAGGGGCAGGGACAGGGCAGAUACCCUGGCAUUGGUGGAGGGACCCCUCCCAUGCAGCCGUGGGUGGUGGGGACCCUCCCCAUCCAACCUCCACAACUGGGAAAAGAAAAAAAAAAAAAAAAAAAAAGGAAAAUUCCUGGGAGGGGGAAAUAACCAAA